UUCAUCUAAGGCUGUAAAAGCCCCAGAAAAACGGCAUACUGACACUGCCUGUGUGCUCUCAAGAUCUGUGUAGUUGGGGUCAAAGCAAACAAGCAAAUCUGAAAAUGGUGAAUAUCAAUGGAGGCAGUGAAGUUGACUCUUCUAGCUGUCAAAGAAAAGGCUCAGUAACUCAUGUCAUCUUCGACAUGGAUGGCCUUUUACUAGAUACAGAAAAAUUCUAUACAGAGGUGCAGGAGACUAUACUUGCAAGAUACAACAAGACUUUUGAUUGGUCUUUGAAGGCAAAAAUGAUGGGUAAGAAGGCAAUUGAAGCUGCUCGAGUAUUUGUUGAAGAGACUGGUAUUAACGAUAAGCUGACAGCUGAAGAUUUCCUUGUGCAAAGAGAGGAUAUGCUGCGGGACAUGUUUCCAACUAGCGAACUCAUGCCAGGAGCCAGCCGCUUGAUUAGGCACCUCCAUGCAAAUGGAGUACCAAUAUGUGUUGCAACAGGUUCUCACAGACGGCAUUUUGAGUUGAAAACACAAAGGCAUGGUGAACUUUUUUCACUGAUGCAUCAUAUUGUUCUUGGUGACGAUCCUGAAGUAAAACAAGGCAAACCCUCACCUGAUGGAUUCCUUGCUGCAGCUAGAAGAUUUGAGGGCGGACCUAUUGAUCCUCAUAACAUACUCGUCUUCGAAGAUGCUCCUUCUGGUGUCCUUGCAGCUAAAAAUGCUGGGAUGUCUGUUGUUAUGGUUCCUGAUCCUAGGUUGGACAACUCAUAUCAUGAAAUUGCUGAUCAGGUUCUGAGUUCCCUACUGGAUUUCAACCCCAAAGAUUGGGGGCUGCCUCCAUUUGAAAACUGAAGGAUUCACACACUGUCAAGUUGAGUAAUGAUUGAUUAUCAUAGAAAAGAGAAGUUUUUGGUUAUUGGUAUCACUUCUAAUUGCUAUAGGAAUUCUUUUGUGUUUGUGAUGAUCAUGUCAUGAGAAUUAACUAAUGCAGUUGUUGGCGUCUAAAUAUUAUUGAAAAUUUUGCAAUACGUCCAGAUAUUGCAACCA